GGGCGCAACGACGGCUCGGGUCGCGGCGAGUGGCGGGCGGCCGGCCGACGGGAACCGGGGCGGGGCGGCGGCGGCGGCCAGCGAGGGAGCGCGCGGGCGGCCUGGCCCCGCCCCCGGCCCGCCCCGGUGACCUUCAGGGCCCGGGCGGCGGGCGCAGGCCCCGGCGGCGGCGGCGACGACGGCGGCACGAUGUUCGUGCAGGAGGAGAAGAUCUUCGCGGGCAAGGUUCUGCGGCUGCACGUCUGUGCGUCCGACGGCGCCGAGUGGCUGGAGGAGGCGACCGAGGACACCUCGGUGGAGAAGCUCAAGGAGCGCUGCCUUAAGCACUGCGCUCAUGGGAGCUUAGAAGACCCCAAGAGUGUGACCCAUCACAAAUUAAUACACGCUGCUUCGGAGAGGGUGCUGAGUGACACCAAGACACUCCUGGAGGAGAACGUCCAGGACGAAGAUGUCUUGUUGCUGAUCCAAAAGCGGGCUCCGGACCCGCUCCCCAAGAUGGCUGAGGUCUCAGCGGAAGAAAAGAAAAAACAAGAACAGAAAGCCCCGGAUCGAGACGCCAUCUUCCGAGCCACCGCUGACCUGCCCUCCUACGACAUGGACCGGGCCGUGGUGCAGACCAACAUGAGAGACUUCCAGACGGAGCUCCGGAAAAUCUUGGUGUCUCUCAUCGAGGUGGCACAGAAGUUGCUGGCGCUGAACCCGGACGCGGUGGAAUUAUUUAAGAAGGCAAACGCCAUGCUGGACGAGGACGAGGAUGACCGUGUGGACGAGGCAGCCCUGCGGCAGCUCACAGAGAUGGGCUUUCCCGAGAACAGAGCCGUGAAGGCCCUGCGGCUGAACCACAUGUCGGUGCCCCAGGCCAUGGAGUGGCUAAUCGAGCACGCAGAAGACCCCACCAUAGACACGCCGCUUCCAGGCCCGGCCUCGCAGGGAGAGGCGGGCGCCGAGGCCGCCCCCACCGGGGGGGCCGCUGCCGCCGGGACCAGCGCGGAGGAUGAGGAGGCCAGAGACGAGCUGACGGAGGUCUUCAAGAAGAUCCGGAGGAAAAGGGAGUUCCGCGCAGACGGCCGGGCCGUCAUUGCCCUGAUGGAGAUGGGAUUCGAUGAGAAGGAAGUGAUAGACGCCCUCAGAGUGAACAACAACCAGCAGAAUGCCGCCUGCGAGUGGCUGCUGGGAGACCGCAGGCCCUCUCCUGAGGAGCUGGACAAGGGCAUCGACCCCGACAGCCCCCUGUUUCAGGCCAUCCUGGAUAACCCCGUGGUGCAGCUGGGCCUGACCAACCCUAAAAUCUUACUAGCGUUCGAAGACAUGCUCGAGAGCCCGCUGAGCAGCACCCAGUGGAUGAACGACCCCGAGACGGGCCCAGUCAUGCUGCAGAUCUCCCGCAUCUUCCAGACCCUGAACCGCACAAAAACCUCUGUGGCGGCAGCGCGCUCGGCCGUGCCUCUAGCCUCUGACAGUGUUUACAGACAACGUCGUCACCCCGGGAAGGGGUCACCUCCCUCCAGUGUCCCUCUGGGCCCUUGAAACGCUACUUGAAUUGACCUGUAGGCGCUGCUCGUAGAGUCCACUUGUUAUUUGAAAGAUGGCAUGUUUCAAUCCAAAGUGUUAACGUCAAGGGUACUAACUUAAGUACAAAAACUCGCAGACGACUUUUCUUUAAUAAAUAAAUACCCCUUUUCCAAUU